UCCCAUAAUUACGCUAAGUCGCCACCGCCUGAAGAACAAAAGACACAACUCUCUCUCUCGCUCUCUCUCUCUCUCUCUCUUCUCCUUGCGCGCACGCAGAGAGGGGAAACCAAGAAGCGCCAUGAGCCUCUUCGGGCUGGGAAGAAAUCAAAGAACAUUCCGGCCUAAAAAGAGUGCGCCCUCAGGGAGUAAGGGGGCGCAACUUAGGAAGCAUAUUGAUGCUACUCUCGGGAGUGGAAACCUGAGGGAGGCAGUGAGACUUCCUCCUGGAGAAGAUCUGAAUGAGUGGCUUGCUGUCAACACCGUGGAUUUCUUCAACCAGGUGAAUCUGCUCUAUGGUACCCUGACAGAGUUUUGUACUCCUGAAAACUGUCCUACUAUGACUGCAGGACCCAAGUACGAGUAUAGGUGGGCUGAUGGUGUGCAAAUCAAGAAGCCAAUCGAGGUUUCAGCUCCAAAAUAUGUUGAAUAUCUCAUGGAUUGGAUUGAGGCCCAGCUAGAUGAUGAAUCCAUAUUUCCUCAGAAGCUUGGUGCCCCAUUUCCUCCUAACUUCAAAGAGGUGGUGAAGACAAUUUUCAAGCGGCUGUUCCGUGUGUAUGCCCACAUAUAUCACUCGCAUUUUCAGAAAAUUGUUAGCCUUAAGGAGGAGGCCCACCUUAACACAUGCUUCAAACAUUUUAUCUUGUUCACCUGUGAAUUUGGGCUGAUUGACAAGAAGGAGCUGGCUCCACUUCAAGAGCUGAUAGAGUCCAUAAUUGUUCCAUACUGAAUGCAGUCUGCCGCCCAAUGACAAAGCAGAGCUAGGCUUUUUAGAUGAAUAAGGACAAACUGCUGCUUUGCACUUGAUCUUUAACGCAAGUGCUGUAAUUUGUGUUAUUAGUUAAUUACCGUCAUGGGUUGUCUGCUGUAAGUUGUGCCCAGUUAAAACUGUGGAAGUGACUCUUAAUCUUUCCCAGAGCAUGGCAUUCUGAUGUAGAUGUUCUGAGAACAGUCUAAACAUGAGGCUCUUAAGAGAGCCAACAAAGCAAAUGGAAAUGCGAAGAUGCUCUGUAUUACUAUUGAUCCUGAGCUGCCUAAAAGAAGUGCUGUUACCGAA